AUGGCCAUCAAGAACAUUCUCCUCAUUGGCGGUUCUGGCAACGUCGGUACUCCAAUUCUGGCUGCUAUCACUGCAGAACCUUCCCUCAACGUCACAGUCCUUACCCGUGAGGACUCUAAAUCUACAUUCCCACCUGGAACUGUCGUAAAGAAGGCCGACUAUAAGUCUCACGAAUCUUUAGUCGCCGCCUUCAAGGGUCACGACACCAUUGUUUCGAACGUUGCUACCCUCGCUGCCAUUGACCAGCUUCCAUUUGUCGAAGCAGCUGUCGAAGCCGGUGUCACUCGCUUCUACCCCACCGAAUACGGUUCCAUCGCCUCCAGCGACGGUGAUAUCGUUCAAGAAUUCUGGGACCGUGUUGGUUUCCACGGAAAACACGAAGUUUAUCUCCGUCUUAAGGAGCUAGCUGAUGCCGGAAAGAUUGAAUACACACUCAUCACUAGUGGUCCGUUCUUCGACUGGGGUCUCCAAUUUGGCUUCAUCGGUCUAAACCUUAAGGAAAAGAAGGCUACAAUCUUUGGCAGCGGAAACCAAGUUGUCGCCGUUUCAAAUCUGUCGCACAUCGCGAAGGCCGUGGUAUGGACUUUGACACAUCCAGAGGAGAGCAAAAACAAGGCCGUUCGUUUCUGGUCCUACAAGAUCACACAACCAUCGCUUCUUGCCGUGGCUGAGAAAAUUACGGGAACUAAGUGGGAAGUGGAGAAUAUCCCUGUUGAUGAUUAUAUCAAUACUGCAGAGGAAGGGAAGAAGGCUGGAAAUCCCUAUGCUGGGUACCAGGUUCUGCAAGGAUUGAUCUUUGAUGAGCAGGACAAGUAUGGAAGUAACUAUAAGGUUAAUGAUAUCCCCUUUGAGGAUGAUAGGAAGAUUGAGGAUGUUGUUGCUGAGGCUUUGAAGCCGUUUGUUAACUAA